AUGUCUGAUCCUAAGCCUUUGCCGUUUGUAUAUCAAUUCUUGUCUGGCGCUAUUGCCGGUGUCUCCGAAAUCUUGGUGAUGUACCCUUUAGAUGUGGUCAAAACAAGACAACAGUUGGCCACUACCAGCGAUUACAAUGGCACCAUAAGAUGCAUUAAGAAAAUUGUUGCCGAAGAAGGCGCCUCAAGGUUAUACAAAGGCAUCAGCGCCCCUAUUUUAAUGGAAGCUCCUAAGAGAGCGACCAAGUUCGCUGCAAACGAUGAGUGGGGCAAGUUCUACAAAAACCUCUUCGGUGUUCCUACUAUGAACCAAUCUUUAGCUGUUUUAACUGGUGCUACUGCGGGUGCGACUGAAUCGUUUGUUGUUGUGCCCUUUGAAUUGGUCAAGAUCAAGUUGCAGGACAAGUCUUCCAAGUUCAACGGUAUGGGUGAAGUGGUUAAGCACAUUGUAAAAGACAAUGGUGUUCUCGGAUUGUACAAAGGAUUGGAAUCUACCUUGUGGAGACAUAUUGCAUGGAAUGCCGGCUAUUUCGGCUUGAUCUUCCAGGUUAGAUCUUUGAUGCCUAAACCUAAAUCUUCUACUGAAAAGACUCUCAUAGAUUUGACCAGCGGAGCCAUUGGUGGUACUUUCGGUACCAUGUUGAACACUCCUUUUGAUGUUGUCAAGUCGAGAAUUCAGGCUGGUUCUACCAAGUACAUUUGGACAAUUCCCUCAGUCUUUACGGUUGCUAGAGAAGAAGGUUUUGCUGCGUUGUACAAAGGUUUUGUGCCCAAGGUCUUAAGAUUAGGUCCUGGCGGUGGAAUCCUUUUGGUGGUAUUUUCUACUUGUAUGGACUUCUUCAGAACUAUUCACGAGAAAGUAUGA